AUGAAAGAGCCAUCGCUUUUGAGAAAACUUCAUUGCAAAACGCCAAUGGAAGCCACUGCUGAUAUAGACAUAAUAUGGCCACUUCAAGACGACAGUUGCCUCACGGCUAACGCUGAGGCAUACGUCGAUGACUAUGUUCAAGCCAUCGAGUUUGAACAAUAUUUCGACAGUACCCUCAUGGGCUCCGAUACCUUAUAUCCCGAUCUAUAUGGGGCGACAGUGGAUUGGGAGCCAGUGCUACAACGCAAGUACGCGCCUGAAACACGAACGGAACAUUUGAGUAGCUCACCUUUUUUGUAUUCCACUUCCACUACAGCAGCUGAUGAGUUAUGUCUCUCAGUCGCUAGGACGGAAUACAAUCAACACCAAACUUUGUGUACUUCCCCUGCACAUCUCGGCAUGAGUGAAAACUUCAGCGCUACAAAUGGUGACCUUUCAACGACAGCUACAGCACCACUUACAGCGGAGAGCAUGCGAGCAAUAUGUUUCUCUACUCCACGCAGCCACGCUGUGCUGUUGCAAUUGUCUAGCGAAGCCGCAAAUGAAAAAGAAAUCUGGGUAUCGCCGAGGGAUUUAGUACUCCGCAGCAGAAGAGAGACAGGGUCAAUGCAGGCCCGAGAAACACAUGAAAGAGAUGUGUCGAGAAGAUAUUUGAGAGCGGAGCAUGAGAUUGCGUCCCUGGCGAGGAAAACGUAUCAUAUCCCUGUGACCACACAACGGAAAGGAGGCAAGCGAUCCAAGAAGGCUGGAACAAACCGCCAGAAGAUUCAAAGUUCGUAG